GUGACAAUGGACUAUGACUUUAAAGUGAAGCUGAGCAGCGAGCGGGAGCGGGUCGAGGACCUGUUUGAAUACGAGGGCUGCAAAGUUGGACGAGGCACUUACGGUCACGUCUACAAAGCCAAGAGGAAAGACGGGAAACGACCCUGGAAAUGAUUUCAGGAGGUUCGAUGCGUUGUGGUGACUACAGUCGUCCGCUCGCCCUCGGGUGACACGUUCACCAGCCUGGAAGGGAAGCUGCGGUCGCCCCCUCCCCCAGCCCCCUCGGCUUGCGAUUGAUUUGUUGAUCGGAUGUGUGCACAUCUUGACCUGAGGGGAAAGAAAGCAGCGAGGACACCUCCUGAGGAGUGCCGCCUCGUGAUCACCGCCCCAGACAUGUGGCAGUUGCUAUCAUUAGCUGAAAGAUGACAAAGACUAUGCUUUAAAGCAAAUAGAAGGAACUGGGAUUUCUAUGUCAGCAUGUAGAGAAAUAGCGUUACUUCGAGAACUUAAGCAUCCAAAUGUCAUAUCUCUUCAAAAAGUGUUUCUAUCUCAUGCUGAUAGGAAAGUAUGGCUUCUGUUUGACUACGCAGAACAUGACCUUUGGCAUAUAAUCAAAUUUCACAGAGCUUCUAAAGCAAACAAGAAGCCAGUUCAGUUACCUCGGGGAAUGGUGAAGUCACUAUUAUAUCAGAUCCUUGAUGGAAUUCAUUACCUGCAUGCUAACUGGGUGUUGCACAGGGAUUUGAAACCUGCUAAUAUUUUAGUUAUGGGUGAAGGUCCUGAGCGAGGAAGAGUAAAAAUUGCUGAUAUGGGCUUUGCCCGAUUGUUUAAUUCACCUUUGAAGCCUUUAGCAGAUUUGGAUCCAGUGGUUGUAACAUUCUGGUACCGGGCCCCAGAAUUACUUCUUGGAGCAAGACAUUAUACCAAAGCUAUUGAUAUUUGGGCUAUAGGGUGUAUAUUUGCAGAACUACUAACGUCAGAACCAAUAUUUCACUGUCGACAAGAGGACAUCAAAACUAGUAAUCCUUAUCACCAUGACCAGCUGGACAGAAUAUUCAAUGUAAUGGGAUUUCCUGCAGAUAAAGAUUGGGAAGAUAUAAAAAAGAUGCCUGAACAUUCAACAUUAAUGAAAGAUUUCAGAAGAAAUACGUAUACCAAUUGCAGCCUUAUCAAGUAUAUGGAAAAACAUAAAGUUAAGCCAGACAGUAAAGCAUUCCACUUGCUUCAAAAGUUGCUUACUAUGGACCCAAUAAAGCGAAUUACCUCAGAACAGGCUAUGCAGGAUCCCUAUUUCUUAGAAGACCCACUUCCUACAUCAGAUGUUUUUGCCGGUUGUCAAAUCCCUUACCCAAAACGAGAAUUUUUAACAGAAGAAGAACCUGAUGACAAAGGAGACAAAAAGAACCAGCAGCAGCAACAGGGCAAUAACCAUACUAAUGGAACUGGUCACCCAGGGAAUCAAGACAGCAGUCACACACAGGGACCCCCAUUGAAAAAAGUGAGAGUUGUUCCUCCUACCACUACCUCAGGUGGACUGAUCAUGACCUCAGACUAUCAGCGUUCCAAUCCACAUGCUGCCUAUCCCAACCCUGGACCAAGCACAUCACAGCCACAGAGCAGCAUGGGAUAUUCAACUACCUCCCAGCAGCCUCCCCAGUACUCACAUCAGACACACCGGUACUGAGCUGCGUUGGAAUAUUGUCAAUGCACUGUUGCUAAUGCUGCAGGACUGGCCAUGCAGCUCUCGGCGGGAACUGGUAUGGGCCGUGGGAAUGUACUGUACAACCACAUAUUAAAAAUGUCCAGUAGCCAAGUUCCACCAUUUUUCACAGAUUGGGGUAGUGGCUUCCAAGUUGUACCUGUUUUGGAGUUAGACUUGAAAAGAAAGUGCUAGCACAGUUUGUGUUGUGGAUUUGCUACUUCCAUAGUUUACUUGACAUGGUUCAGACUGACCAAUGCAUUUUUUUCAGUGACAGUCUGUAGCAGUUGAAGCUGUGAAAUGUGCUAGGGGCAAGCAUUUGUCAUUGUAUGUGGUGAAUUCCUUCAGUGUAACAACGUUAUCUGACCAAUAGUGUACACACACGCACACACACACACAUACCCACAUACACACACACACACACACAAGUUUAACUGGUACUUGAAACAUAUAGUAUAUGUUAAUUCAACACAAUAACCAAGCCUCAAAAUGAGAUUAUUUUGGUACACCUUUCAUUUUAGUGUCUUAUCAGUGGGGUGAUUCAUUUUCUACAUUAAUCAGUGUUUUUUGACCAAGAAUAUUGCUUGGGUUUUUUUUGAAAAUGCAAAAAACCACAUAGUUGCUUCUUCUCCCCCAGGAAAGUUUCAAAACUCCCAAAGAUUAAUUUCCAGUUUAUGAGUUUGGUUUUAUUUUCAAUAUAUGACUUGACUGGUAUUAAAGCUGCUAUUUGAUAGUAAUUACUAUGUUGUCAUUGAUAUAGACCUGUUUGGUUCAGCAAACAAACUGAAAUGAUUGUCAUAGACAGCAUUUUAUUUUUUCCUGUUGGUGUUGCUGAUAUGUGAGCAUGCUUUAAGAAGAAAAAAGCAUGAACAAUAACUUCCUUAAAAAGGUGCGGCAUCCAAUUCAGAUAUUUUGUCCUGAUUUUAAAGCUGAUUGGUGUAGUGCUAUUAAAAUUUUGUUCAAUUAAUUUUCUUUCUUAAAAUUUGUUCGCACGUUGUUUAGGGUGCCCUUACUUCAGCAAAGGAGAGGGAGUAGGAGAGCCUUAGAAUUUUUGAGGAAAAGAAAAACUAUAACAUACAAUGUACUGUAUCAAACUAUUUUACAUGAAUGACACAAGUAUUCUGAAUUUAAAAAAAAAUUGAACAUUGUUAAACACAAGGUGUUAUGUAAUAAAUUUAUUUUUCAUAAAUCAAA